CAUGUAUCUAUGUUGGGUACCGUGAGGUCUUACAGUAUACUUCCGACAAAGACAAGCUUUGACUGAUACGUCAACAUCACCUCCUCAAUCAAACCUUUUACACCUCAACUAUCAACACACGAUGGAGCAAUCUUCGACGACUCCCCGUGAUGGAUCGAUUAACCAAAGCUUCUUUGAUAUGAGCGUGAAUACCUUCUUGGAGUCGCUCUCUCGAUUGCUUUACGGGACUUCCGACGAGGGCAGCGGGGACGGCGCUUCGAUAUCUCAAGGGGAACCCCACGGAUCUGGAUUUGAUGCCUCUUCAAAGUCUGCUGCCAACGAAUCGAAAGGCAACCAGAACAUCGCUAGAGAGCAAGAACACCCCGCCGAGCUGAACGCUACGUUUGCCACCUCUCCUGUCAUUCUUAGACUUGUCGAAGCUUACCGAAAAGAACAGAAGCCUUGUUACAUAUCAGACACCUUGCGGCUACGCGUCUUUGGGAACCUCUGCAGAUACAAAAAUGCCUGCCAGCUGAAAGGUAGACCUCAACUCCCGUACCUAGAUUUGCAGAUCUUGACCGAAGCUUGGGUUGCCGUAACCUUGCCCUUGUCCCAAGAAGCUUUCGAGCUGUUUUGCGAGGAGCUCCUCAAGUGUCAGGCGGAUUUAGAUCCCAAAGAUCGUGAUCUGAUCAGAAAAGGUCUUCAGCAAUUCUGUGAGACUUCCAGGCAAACAGGACAGACCGCGGAGGUCAACGCUGAUGUGCCGUAA